UCUUCUUUCUCUCUCUCUCCUCGCAGGUCUCACUGUGUCUGGCCUAGCUAGCUAGGAGUAGCCACCAGAAGUAGCUAGCUACCUUCUUCUACUCCUCUUCUUGCUCUUGCUCCAAGCUCUUCUGCACCUGCGACGACUAGGCCGCCAUCGUCUAUCCGAAACCCAACCACGAUGGAGCUCGGGUUCAGCGGCGGCAGCGGCGAGGUCAUGCAGCGCGGGUCGCCGGCGGGGUGGGUUCCGGCGUGCACGCCGUUCAGUCUGGGAGGAGCUGCCUGUCGCGUGGCUGAGCUAUAGUGGUGCCUUGCUCAGUUGCUCUGCUUCUUCUUCCUUCUUCUUCUUCUUCUUCCUCCUCGGCCGCUCCGGUGUUCUUCGUCGCUGAGCUCGCUCUGCCAAGAAACCAACCGAUUUUGACAGCAUGAGCAAUGGAAGUAGCUGUUAAGUUCCAGUGACAGAGAGAAAUGGAUCCCCAGUUUUUUGUCAGACUGUCAGUUGGGCAGCUUGGCCUGAAGCUCCCCGGCGCGAAUGCGAGGAAGGCGGCCCGGAGCUUCCUCUGCGAAAUCCGGCUGAAAGGGUUCCCUGUCCAGAUAGCUCCAGUUCCUCUGAUCACUUCUUCGGAGUUCAACCUUGAUCCGCACACCAAUGCCGCCGUCUUCUCCCUCGACGAGUCUGAUCUGAAUGCGCUGUCGGCGCCGGGGUGUUUCGGAGCUCAUGGGUCUCAUCUUGAGGUGGCGGUGUACGUUGUUGGCCGGCGCGGCGGGCAUUGCGGCAUCGUGACCGGGAUGAGGAGGCUUCUUGGCGUGGUCAUGGUGGACGUCGGCGCGGCGGAGUGGAGGGAUGGCAAGCCGGCGAUGCCUCACCAUGGCUGGGUUGGCGUUGGCAGAGGCGAGGCCAGGCCGGAGCUGCAUCUGAGGGUGAAGCUGGAGGCCGAUCCCCGGUACAUCUUUGAGUUCGACGACGAGGUCGCGCUGAACCCGCAGGUUGUGCAGCUCCAUGGCCGCAUCCGGCAGCCCAUCUUCAGCUGCAAGUUUGUUCGCGACAGGCGGGGGUCGCAGGUGGAUCAGUACUGGUCGAGCUCCGGCGGCGAGGAGAAGGAGGCGGAGAUGAUGAGGAGGAGGGAGAGGAAGGGGUGGAAGGUGGUGAUCCACGACCUGUCCGGCUCCGCCGUCGCCGCGGCGUUCAUGGUGACGCCGUUCGUCGCGGCGAACGGCCGCGACACGGUGGCGCGGUCGAACCCGGGCGCGUGGCUGAUCGCGCGCGCCGGCGCGACGGCGCCGAGGUCCUCGUCGGCGGUGGAGAGCUGGCAGCCGUGGGGCCGGCUGGAGGCGUGGCGGGAUCAGGGCGGCGCGGCGGGCAGCAAGGACACGGUGUGCCUCCGGCUGCGGCUCCUCCCAGAGGGCCAGGACUCGUGCAUGCUCGUGGCGGAGACGCCACUCCGCAGCGACAAGGGCGGGGAGUUCGCCAUCGACAUGGACAGGCAGGCGCCGGCGCCGGCGGCGACCGGCGGGGCGGAGUACUGCGCGGCGAGCCUGGGCGAGGCGUGCGUCGGCGGCGGGUUCGUGAUGAGCUGCCGCGUGGAGGGGGAGGCCCGGAGCAGCAGGCCGCUCGUGCAGCUCGCCAUGCGGCACGUCACGUGCAUGGAGGACGCCGCCAUGUUCGUGGCGCUCGCCGCCGCCGUCGACCUCAGCGUCAAGGCGUGCCGGCCGUUCCGGAGGAAGACGGCGGCGGCCAAGAACAAGAAGACGGCGGCUACCACGUCGUCUCCCGAUCCCCUCGACCUGGACACGUAACCAGUGCAUUCAUCCAUCUCCCACCCUUCGUCUUCUUCCUCGCACAGGCGGAGAAGGGAAAGACCGAUCAAUCGAGCAUCCAUGGCGGCCAUGAAAUCCUCCCAGCUUUGUAAAUUCACUUCUCUGGAAGAAUUGGACACUCCUUUUUUUUCCGUUUGCAGUGAUCAAGAACGUUCAAAGUUUGUUCCACGAAUUUUUGUAGAGUUUACUAAAAUCCAAUCCUGGAUCGUCGGGUCUGUCAAGGUAACCCUCAUCCAUUGGGUCAAACUAGUCUCCACUCUGGUCUCCCCCACCAAUCCGUCAACGCGCGGCGACCUCGCCACCGACGAACUCCCAGCGAAAUCCGCCGCCGCCGCUCAUCCCCCAGCUGUGUCCGCCCAAUCCGCCCCGGUUUAUCCUUCUUCAAGUCUCGAGGUGUCCAUCCACGGCGGGAAGGAACAAGAUUACCGACGUAAAAGUUAAAAAGACUCAAUGACAUGUAGGCCUACGUCAGCGACUAUAUCCCUGUGACUUCUCAUUCAUAUAAGAGAAGAAGUGAAUUUUAAUUCUCUUUGGAUGGAAUAGGAACCGGAUUUCGUGACAUUGCACCGUAACAUUUUCGGUGACAUUGAGUCACUGACGUAUGGGACCUAUGUGGGUCUAGGCACAUAUGUCUUACGCGUCAGUGACUCAAUGUCACCGAAAAUAUCACGGGACAAUGUUCACCGAAUCUAUGUCCAUACAUGUAUACCAGGCAUCACUAGAAAAUUGUAUGCAAUCUGGCCAUUUGGGUGUACUGAACUACUGACUACUGAGAUAUACUCUUGUUAUUGUAGAACAGCAGAGUGAAGAAAUACACUAAAGAAUUAUCUGUUGAUGAAA